GCCGGUCGCUAUAUCUUUAACGCUUUGUUAUUUGUUUAAAGAUUCAUCACCGAAAAAUCACAUGUUUUUUUUCUUUCUGUGCGAAAGCACUAAAUUAAGUAUAACAUUGAAAUUGAGUAACUAAAAAUAUCCUAGAGAUUUCUGCGAAUGUAUGAAUGGCUGUGAAUGGCUCAAGAGGUAAACAGGCGGAAUUUCACUUUUGAUUUUAUUUCGGGUGAAUUGACGUAUGUAACGAAAACAAAUAUUCACAAUUCUCAAUCAUAUUCAGUGGUUGUUAUCCCAAUGCUCAACACAUUUGUGGAUUCAUGAAAUGUCAGUAGACGAUUUUGUUUACGCGUGAAGGGGAAAUACAGAGACAGUCAGUAGCUGUCAUAGAUACCAGGCGGCGCUCCCGAAAACUUGUCAACAUUGCACGUUUAUUUUUUUUCAUUCAAUGUAAUAAACACCGAAUUUAGACUGAAGAAAGUAUUUGUUUAAAAUUAAUUACAACGUGAUUUAGAAAUUUCACACAAGUGUCAAAAUCUCAGUGCCAUUCGAGUGUUCAGUUGAGUGCUCGUUACCAUUAUUCUGUGCAUGAAGACUGAUAAUAUCAGUUUGGUGUUGUUUGCGAAAAGGGGAAAGCGGAAAAUUGCUCUAUUGGCUGAAAACAUAAGCAGAAACGAAAGAACUUUGUUAUUCCGUAGAAAGCAGUGCGUGAAAAAUGAUGUUCUUAAAUGUGUCAAUGACACUUUUUUUACGAUAGCUCAGUUGGUGUGCAAAAAUGUGUAACUUAUGAAAAAUGAGUGGACGCGAAGCAAAGGGUGCCGAAAAUAACGAAACCGAUUGUGAUAAUCCGAUAAGUUUAGAUGAAAUUGAAAAAGGCUUGUGGCUUGGAAGUUUUACUGCAGCAACUGAUAUAGAAACAUUGAAGCAACGGAAUGUAACUCACAUUCUAACGCUUGAUAUUUGCCCAUUACCCGUUCACAUAACAGAGCUUCCAUUCCUCAAAACCAAAUAUGUUCAUGUUUCAGAUACCCCCAAGGAUGAUCUAUUAUGCCAUUUUGAAGAGUGCUUUAGUUUUCUCGACGAUGCAUUGUCCAACGAUAAAGUUGUUUUGGUUCAUUGUUACUAUGGUGUCAGUAGGAGUGCAACCAUUGUUAUUGCGUAUGUCAUGCGAAAGUACCAAUUAUCGUUAACGCCAGCUUUCGAAAGAGUAAAAUCAAAACGUAGAUUUGUUGGCCCAAACAGUGGUUUCACUGUCCAAUUGCGACUGUUUCAUAAAAUGGGCUGGCGAAUUGAUCAAAGUCAUGAAAAAUUUAAGCUCUACCGCCUUCGAAUGGCAGCCGAUAAAGUUCGAAAAGCAAAAAUCCUACCGCAAAAUUUUAUGGACUUGAUAAAACCUGAUCCAGGGAUUCAACAAUCAAAACCCGAACCAAUCGUGUAUCGCUGUCGGAAAUGUCGUCGCAUUGUCGCUGCUAAAAGUAAUUUAAUUACACACACUCCGACAACGGCAGAGAUUGAACCCAAACCAGCUGGCACAAAGCAUGUAACAUUCCAAGCUGAUAUACAUGUUCCGAGUGAAAGUUCCUCGGAUGAAUCGAAAAUUGGCACGAAAGGACUGCUAGAUCGAAUGAAUGCACUGUGUAUGUAUUCGAAUAGUGAAAAGUCUUCUGGCUGUGAACCAGAGCCGCGGCGAUGCAAAGAGAUUUUGUUCAUUGAACCGCUCGCAUGGAUGCUCGAUAUCGGAAAGCAAACGCAGGGCAAAUUAAAUUGCCCCAAAUGUCAGAGUAAAUUAGGGAAUUUCAGUUGGGUUAACAGUGUUAAUUGUCCGUGUGGUAAAAAUGUAUCGCCAGCAUUCUAUUUGGUACCAUCAAAAGUGGAGUUAACACAUUCGGUGCAAAAUGUUGAAAUAACCAUUUGAAUAAUCGUUGAAUCUAUUAACGAAAUUAACGUGUUCUAUUCAAACAUUUAUAUGUGAUUUUGCCGAUGUAUGGAUGUUAGUCAGUCAUUGUUGAAUAUAUAUUUCACCGUCAAGUAACCAGAUCACAUGUUUUUGCAUGGAGACAUCGCUUAUUUACUCGCAGUUUUUACAUGUUUUGGCUUUGAAGUUCACAUUUUAAGCAUGUAUGCAGUAAAAAGUUAAAAAAAAAACAUUCAAAUAUCACAAUCAUUUUUCGGUAUCUAUUUACUUUGGAUGCACUUUGAAAUUUUAUUACGCAAAUUCAUUUACUACCAUAAAAAAAAGUUAAGAGAAUCGAAUUUUUGAUCAGUUUGAAAAUAUAAAAAUUACCAUUCUUCCAAAAAAAAUAUUGUUGAUAAUUUUUGAGCGAAAAUUUUACUUUAUUUUGAUUAAAUUUUGUGAUUUCCAUCAACGAGUCUUUCCCCAGAUUAUUUCUGAAUUUAACGAAAUUCGCCUUUCUUAAUUGGUAAAAAAUAAGUUUCAACGAUAAUAAUUUGCCGUUAGUCAUGUCAGUUUUAUUUAUGCUCAAUAAAAACAUUUAAUGACAUUUUCAAUUCAAAA